CCACAAGUGCACAUGUUUUCAUGAUAAGUAGCAUUUGCUCUUCAUUUAGAGAUGUUGUACAUGUAUUUCCAGUGAGUCAUAUUGUGGCUGCACAUCUUUUUGAAUUGAUUAAAAAGAUAGUUUUGGGUUUAGAAAACAUUGGGUUCACUAUUGUUGGCGUCGUCACUGACAAUAAUUCAAUAAAUCGUAAAGCCAUGUCUAACUUUAGUAAUCCGCCUGCAUUUAAAACUAAGUAUUCGCAUCCAGCAGAUGAUUCAAGGUUAUUAUUUUUUGUUAUAGACUCUGUGCAUAUCAUCAAAGCGCAGAGAAAUAAUUGGUUUAACCAGAAAAAUGGUUAUUUUAUGUAUUAUCCUUCAUUUGAAAACGAUGAGAAAUUUCAGACUGCAUCCCUCAGUGUUUUAAGAAAGAUAUAUGAUAUUGAAUCGACUGAAUUGUUGAAGUUUGGUUUAGGCCUCACCAGAAAAGCUCUUUGGCCGACAAACCUGGAACGGCAAAGUGUUUCUCUUGCACUAAAAAUUUUUAAUAGAAAUCUUGUACAAGGAAUUCUAGAGUUGGGUGAGAAGCAUGAACUCAUGCAUUAUAAAGAAACUGCAAAUGUUAAAUCUGUUGCUAAGGGCAAAUUUAAACGAAACGUUAUGUGUGAACCAAUCACUAAUAAAUCUGAUGACAUUAGAAAGGCAUUUUUGAGUAAAUUUAUUGAUUGGUUGAAUAGGUGGGAGGCGAUGAAUGCUGAUAAUGGAAAACUAAGUAGAGAAACUCAUUCGGCAUUAAGACACACGUCUCAAGCUUAUCUAGAUAUAAUGGAGUAUUGCUCUAGUAAUUUUGGUUUGUCCUAUUUGUUGCUAGGAAAAAUUCAAACCGACAGGCUUGAAUCUCGGUUCGGUCUGUACCGAAGUAUGGCUGGCGACCAGUAUCAUAUAUCCAUUAGGCAGCUUUAUGAAACUGAAAGUAAGCUUCGCAUUAGUAAGGAACUGAAACUUGUAUCCCAUACUUCUGGCAGUUUUAGCAUUAAUAUAUUCCAUUCUGACUCUGAUACAGUAGAUGAUAUUAAUGAAGACGUAGAGGAAUUAUUUGAAGAGAUUGAAGUUACAGAUUCUGAUUUAGAUAAAGUAGCCCAUUCUCUACCUAUAAUAACAUAUUUGGCAGGGUAUUGUGUUCAUACAGUUCAUAAAAGUCUAAAAUGUCUAGAGUGUAAGAAAAGAUUAGUAACAGAUAAAGAAAUGAAUAUUGACGUUAAUUGCAAUCUUAUAAAGAAAUUGUGAUAGAGGUGGGUUACUUUAUCCGUCAGAAUUUGUAACAAAUGUUGUUCUACAUAUUUAUGUUGUAACCCAAAAGUUGAUAAGUGAGGAAUAUGAGCUUCAAUUUUUAAAAGUUUUGAAUCAACGCAAUUUGGUUAUGAAGAUAGUUAAAGAUAUCUUAUUGUUAAAAGAAAUAUGGGAUUUUUCAGUAUGCAGCUGUGGGCUUAAUUUUGAAAAAAUUUGUAUUAAAAUAAUGAGGUCAGCAACAAAUACUUUACUUAACAAUUACUGUAAACUUAAAAAUGAUGUACACCAAGCAAAAAAGUCCAAAGCCAGUACCAAAAAGACAGACAAGGCGGAAGGAAAACGAAAAUUAAAAACUUUAACUAGUGAUACUUCUGCUAAUUCUUCUAAGAAAACUAAAAUUAAUGUUCAGACAAAUAAAUAAAUAAAAAUUUGAAUAAAUUUCAUUUUUUAGGCUCAAUGGUUUUCUGAAGAAAAAAAAUAAUUUUUUUACUA